AUGGCCCUCCGCACGCCACCGGGCCCGUCGUCCUCCCUCUCCAACAGGAGCAUCCCGCCCCUGCUGGAGCCGUGCCUCGCCCUGCCGCCCGCCGCCGGCUCGCUCGCCCUGCUCACGUCGGUCCUGGGCGCCAGCACCAACUGGCUCGUCCUGCGGUACCUGACGGCCUACCUGCUCAGCCAUCACCAGCUACCAGCGAAGCAUCGACAGGCUAACGACGACGAAGAAGAGGAGGCCGGCGGGGAGCAGCGCCAGCAGGACGUGAGCGUCGUGUUGGUGAGCUUCAUGAGGGACUACGCCUUUUGGCGCGACGGCGCUGGCAGGCUGGGCCUGGACUUGGAAAUGCAGUCGCGCAAGGGCCGGUUCAAGUUCAUAGACGGCCUGACCGGCCUGUUUCUGGACGGCGGCGGCGGCGCCGUCGCCAAGGGUAACCAGACGAGCAGCAGCAGCAGCAGUACCGGUGCGGCGAUACUGAGCGCGAGCUCCGGGCUCUCUGGUAUCGGCCGCACGAUACACGCCGCCGUAGACGAGCUGCUGGCGUCGUCGGGCGCCGGAGGAGGGCAGCCCAAGGUCGUCUUGGUCAUCGACCAGCCGGACCUUCUACUGGCAGCGACGGCAGGGGACGAAUCAGCACUGCGGCAGGGCUCCGCGGUCACGAGCGGUGGCUUGCAGGAUCUACUUCUUGAUCUCCGAGAGCUGUCUCGUGACCGCGUCGGCCGACGAGCCUCUGGUAUCGUCACAAUCUACGACGUUGGAAAAGGAACACGCAGCAUUCGUACUGGCGCUGGCGCACCAGGCGGAAACGGUUCUCAGCUUGCGGUUGUUGGACACGGGCACGGCCAAUGA